AUGACGAAUCACGCCGAACAUCAACUCGAACGCAUUCGAAAAGAUACUCUUCUCUAUCCACACACGAAUUACAUUUUCAAAAUUACCACCAAUGUUCAUGAAUUAUUAUCAAAUAGUAGUGAGUCCAUCAAUGUGAACAGUGAACAUACCAAAAAUGUUAAUGAUUCGUUGGAAUCGAUUCAACAACAACCAUCAUCAACAGCAGUAAAUUCCAACAUUUCAUCAUCAACAGCAGUAAAUUCCACCACAACCAUUUUAACCCCUUCUCCAUCCAUUCGAUAUUUCCUAUUGCAUCGAGAUGGUGUAUUCCAAUGUUGGAAAGGAUUUAUUGGAAUACCUUCAUCAUUCCAAACAACAACAAUUACACAAUUUGAUACUCCCAAUUCCUUUGAAUUCUCUCUAUUACAAAAUAUAAAUCAUCAAGAAUCAUUGAAUACAUCCAUUUCUCCACUCAUUGGAAUGACUGAUCUAUGUCAAGAUGUUUUUAUUCAUGAAGUGAAUCAUUUUGAGAAACCCAUUGAUUAUCAUGGAUAUUCACCUUCAAUCUUUUCAAAAUUAAAUAUUCAUAAUGAUGAGAUUACCAAAAAUAUCAAUGACGAUGAUAAUAAUACCAUCACUACUUCCAAUGAUCAUAGUAAUAAUAAUCAUAAUAGUAAUAAUAGUAAUAAUAAUAAUAGUAAUAACAAUAAUAAUAAUAACAAUAAUAAUACUAAUAAUAUCAUCACUACUUCCAAUGAUCAUAACACUACAAUUCAAUAUAUGGAAAUGGAUCAACAUGACAUUUCUCAAUUUAAAAAACAUUUCAAAUCCAUAUAUUGGUUUGGUUUUGAUUGUAAUCAUUCACUUGCAAUGAAUUUAUUUGUAUUGAAUCGAAUGAGUGAAGAUUCACCUCUCUUUGAAAUGUUAAUGGAAUUAUUAGAAAAUUCUCCAAUGGAUUUUAUAGAUGUAUCACCUAUGGAAUAUCCAAGUAUUACUCAUGUAGAUGAUCAUGCUGUAAAUUUACAGGAUCAUACUAUUAAUAAUAAUACUAGUAAUAGUAGUACUAUGAAUAAUACUGAUAAUAAUAAUACUACUGAUAAUACUGAUAAUAAUAAUACCACUACAACAACAUCAAAUCCACACAAUGACAUUGAAAUUGUUAGACAAAUGAUUGAUGAAUAUUUACCUGAAAGAUCAUAUAAAACCUUUCAAGAUUGUCUUGAACUCACUCAUACUCUCAAUUCGAUAUUAUAUAGUUAUGAAGAAAUUAAGAGACAACAACAAUAUUUACAAUUGACACAUGGAAAAUAUAUUGAUUUGAAAAGUGUAUGGAAUGCUUCCAUCAAUAAGGGUAGUCAUGACUGUCAUGAGUAA